AUGCUCGGGCUGCGCGAGGAGGACAAAACGAUCCCGCUGAAGAACUUCACCAUCAAGACGGCCAUCUGCUGGCAGGCGCUGCUCGAGUUCCUCCAGCACACCGAGUCGGACGUGCUGGACGCGUACAUAGUGGAUCUGACGGCGUUUUGCAACUACAUCAAGAACUUUGCGGACACGCAGACGCUGUGCAACUACAUCCGGCAGCUGGCGUACGAUCCGUCGAUGACGACAGACAAGCUGCAGAAUAUGUACUUCCAGUCGAUGAUGCAGGUGCUGCUGGAGAUUGCUGCGUCGUACUAUCUGGGUGACGAGGUCGGCCGGGAGAACUUGAAGAAGGUGCUGGCGGAAAUGUUGGCUUGCGGCGAUCUAGGCGAGGGCAACGUGAAGACGAUUAUGUGUUGA